CAGAUUCUUGAUUUUAUACAGCCACCUUAAAAAUAAAAUUGCAUGUUUCAGAUACACUUCAGUUGAAAGCAUGAAAGCAUUCAACAUCUGACACACCAGAUUCGCCAAGAAGUCGCCAGAGAAAUAGUACACUGUCUCAACCAGGUACCAGUGGAGCAAGUACAACCGUUACAUCUGAGAGGUCAAAUUCCUCAUCCACUCAAAUAACCAGUACAUUGUCCUCACCUGGUAGAAAUAGAGCAACUGUAGCCCUGGAAGGCUCCAACACACCAUCAUCAAGAAGAGGCAGAGUCAUAGCAUCUCCUGUUGCAAGAAGAUCUAAUGCCACACCACGCAGAACUGGUUUAUCAUCUAACUCUGGUAGGCAAAGAAGAAGAACUGCUAUAGCUGCUGAUGAUUUUAUUCAUGCAGUGGUAGCUCCUGAAGCUUCCAUUUCACCAUCAACAAGAAGAAACAGAGCCCUAUCAUCUCCCAGGGUGGUUGCAAGUAGAUCAAAUGUAAGUGAAACUACAACUCAAGCCUAUCAUACUGCUGGUACUCCAACAGUCCUAUUCCGAUCAACUGCAGUUCCAACAUCCACAGAACAAACGGCAACUGAACAAUAUGAACAACUGUCUACACCAGUCAACCCUCUGUCAUUAAUGGAUGUUACAAGGGAUUUGGCUGUAGAUGUAAACAAUAUCAAUGCAAUUUUUGAAGACAUCCCAGAGGUUGGACUAUUUGGAGACAUUGGGCAAAAUGAGUGUACAGAAAAUUUCAGAAAAAAAAUUAAAGAACAUAAGGAAUUGUUUAUCCACAAUGACUCGGAUGACCCAUUACUGAUGGAGGUGAGAAGGGAAAAUCCUGUGCAGGAUUCCUUGGCCUUCAUCAGUAUCAGCCAAGAUGAUCUUCACAGCCCACUAAGGAUAUCUUUCACUGAUGAGGACGGUGUUGAUCUUGGGGGAUUGAGACGGGAAUUUUGGAGUCUCUUUCUCCACAAGAUAAGUAGUUCUGUAUUUGUUACAGGAAAACCAGGACGCCAAACCUUGCGUGACAACUUUAUUGCAAGGACCCAGAAUAUUUUUUUCCAUCUGGGACAGCUGGUCGCCUUAUCCAUCAUUCAAGAUGGGCCAGGUCUUCCCAUCUUUAGUGAUAUAGUUACAGACUAUAUCUUGCUUGGGAAACCCUGUAUUUUAAAUGUAGAUGAUUUGCCAGAGGGUUUAAAGAAUACCAUUGUCAUGAUGCAAGAUUGCACUUCAGAACCGGACCUACAGAAUAUGUACUCUGGUAUAUUUGAUGAAGCUGUCGAUGCUGGAUUUAUAAUUCCACCUUCAUCAUUUAAAAAAAAACAUGUAAACAUCCUUCUGGCUGCGUUAUUGGAGACCCAACUUAACAAGUGCAAGAAAGAACUUGAUCAGUUUAUCAAAGGAUUAGACACUCACCAAGUUUUGAGCCUGUUAAAACAGGAUGUCAACAUUGCCUGUGCUAGGACACUGUUCAGUGGAAGAGUCAAACCUUUAACAGUCCAAACAUUAAGAAACCUGUUGAAGUUCAAGUACGAUACAGGGAAUGCUGCCUUAGACCAAAGGGCAACCGGUCAAGGAUUUUUAACAUUUCUUCAGGCCACUAAAGGAACAUCAACUGUUAUAAAUGGAAUUGAUAUUGGUCCAAAGGAAGUCUUGAUGUGGUUGACAGGGUCAACAGCAAUUCCAGCAAUAGGCUUUCACAAGCCAAUAGAUGUAUGUUUCGGAAGCAGGACAUUUGUAAACACCUGCGCCUUGGCAUUGACCUUGGAGGUUAGACCUGAACUUGCCCCAGCUGAAGCUGUCAAGUUUUACAGCGAGAUCAUAAUCAACAGCCAGACAUUUACCCAAGAAUGAUAUAUAUUAUUAUU